AUGCUGUUGCUCGACUACCAAAAUGUCCUGAUUGAGUCGCUACUCAAGGACCGCUUCUCUGGCGCGACUCCCACUUCAAUUGACCAGAUCGUCUCCGACUUCGACGGCGUCACCUUCCACAUCUCCACCCCCACGUCAAAGACAAAGAUCCUCAUCUCCAUCAACAUCAAGUGCUACAAGGAGCUCGUCCAAUAUGGUGCCGAGCAGGUUCUCGAACGCGAAUACCAGGGCUACAUUGUCUCGCCCGAGACCGGCUACGACUUCUCCGUAGAAAUCGAUCUUGAGAACCUCCCCGCCGACCAAGAAGCCCGCACCGACCUCAUCUCCCGCCUCAGUUUGCUAAAGCGCAAUGCCAUGGCUGCCCCCUUCGAGCAGGCCUUUGACGAAUACCAGGCACUGCACGAAGAGGCCUCCAAGUACACUUCCGAAUCUGCCCCCCAGGGUGUCCUUGAGGGUGGCCAGGUCAGAGCCAUUCACUACCGCGAGGAAGAGGCCAUCUACGUAAAGGCCAGUCACGACCGUGUCACCGUUAUCUUCAGCACAAUCUUCCGCGAGGAAACGGAUCGCAUCUUUGGCAAGGUCUUCUUGCAAGAGUUUGUCGACGCCCGUCGCAGAGCUAUUCAGAACGCCCCGCAAGUUCUCUUCCGUAACGACCCGCCUCUGGAACUGCAGGGCAUGUCUGGUCUGCCUCCCUCAGGCACCGCUGACGUCGGCUACGUCACCUUUGUUCUGUUCCCUCGCCAUCUUCAACCCGCCAGAAGAUACGAGGUCAUCUCGCACAUUCAGACUUUCCGCGAUUAUUUCCACUACCACAUCAAGGCCUCAAAAGCCUACAUCCACUCGAGAAUGCGCAGACGAACUGCCGACUUCCUUCAAGUCCUUCGUCGUGCAAGACCAGAGGCCGAGGAGAAGGAGCGCAAGACCGCCAGUGGCAGGACCUUCAGGGUCCAGGCGUAG